GCUCAAGAACAGCUAGCCAAAAAUAAAGCAAUCGAGAAACAACUUAAUCAAGACCGGCGAGCAAAUUCCUCAAUCGUCAAACUUUUGUUAUUAGGGGCUGGUGAAUGUGGAAAAUCAACAAUUCUUAAACAGAUGACAAUACUUCAUAGCAGCGGUUUUACUGAAGAUGAAAUAAAAGAACGUAAAGAAGUAGUGUAUAAUAAUUGCGUUGGUUCUAUGUGUACUAUCUUGAAAGCUAUGGAGAGUGUUUUGGGAAUUCCGUUUGAAAGUCCCGAACGAGAAGUAAAAAUAAAAUGCUUAAGAACUUCCCAUAAAUCACAGCCAUUUACAGACGAAGUUUACCACGCUCUAAAGGCACUAUGGAGUGACAAAAACGUCAAAGCUGCUUACGAUCGACGCAGUGAAUACCAGUUAACAGAUUCUGCAAAAUAUUUUUUGGACUCAGUAGACAGAAUAAAUGAAGCAGGUUACCGGCCAACUGAACAAGACAUUUUAUUCAGUCGUGUACCAACUACUGGUAUAGUCGAAGUAAAAUUCAAGAUUAAAGACCUCGAGUUUAGGGUUUUUGAUGUGGGUGGUCAAAGAUCUGAACGAAGAAAGUGGAUUCACUGUUUCGAAAGUGUCGAGUCGAUCAUCUUUAUUUGCGCUAUCAGUGAAUACGAUCAAGUUUUAUUUGAAGAUGAAAGCACUAAUCGGAUAAUUGAAUCGAUGACUUUAUUUCAAACUAUCUGCAACAGUCCUUGGUUCAUAUCAACGGCAAUUAUUUUAUUUCUAAACAAAAAAGAUUUGUUUAUGGAGAAAAUACAGAAAACAAAUAUCACAACUGCCUUUCCUGACUACACAGGUCCACAAGAAUACCAAAAAGCAGUUGACUUUAUCAAACUGAAAUUUAGCCAACUGAAUGAACACCCAGAUAAGAAAACAAUUUACAUGCAUGAAACAUGCGCCACUGAUACCAAUCAAGUCCAAUUGGUCAUCUCCAGUGUCAUUGAUACAAUCAUACAAAAAAAUUUACAAAAAGCCGGAAUGAUGUGA